GUGCUGUUAUGUACUUAUGCGUAGUCCCUGCUGUAUAUAAUCGUGACUUUCUCAGGUCUGAUAUCUCAUUGUCUCUCUUCGUGCAAAGCGAGACGAGCUUCUUGCACUCUUUACCAUCACCGAAGCACCGUUUGAGUCAAUUACUGCAACAUGACGGUCACCCACAUCCACCCUGUUCCGGCUGUGGCCAAGCCCAAGGCUGUUGUUGUCGACGGGCUCUCCUUCGCUCUGAACGGAGAAAACUCCUCCUAUCGAUUUCACGUCGAUGAGACAACCGGUGACCUCAUCUCCGAUCACUUUGGAGGCCUAGUGACCGAAGACCCGGCAAUCCCGGCUCCCCCAGCUGAUGGGGGCUGGUCCAUGCAAGCCCAUAUUAGACGCGAGUUUCCCGACAUGGGCCGAGGAGACUUCCGCUCGCCUGCCAUGGUCAUCAAGCAAUCUGAAGGCCACACCGUCAGCGAGUUCAAAUACCAGUCUCACAAUGUCAUACAAGGAAAGCCGAGCCUGUCCGGUCUCCCCUCGACAUUUGGUGAGGCCGACCAGGUCACUACCCUCGUGAUCCACAUGUACGACAGUCUCAGUGCGGUGGCAGCCGAGUUGACAUACUCCGUCUUCCCGAAGUACGACGCGAUUGCGCGCAGUGUUAAGAUUACGAACAAGGGAAAUGAGCGGAUUUCUGUCGAGAAGCUGGCCAGCUUCAGUGCCGACUUGCCGUACAGAGAUUACGAAAUGCUCGAGCUGCAUGGCGAGUGGUCAAGAGAGGCUACCAGAAUCCGCCGCAAGGUCGACUACGGAACACAAGGUUUUGGAAGCACCACUGGCUACAGUUCUCAUUGCCACAACCCAUUUGUCUCAAUUGUCACACCAACCACCACAGAGUCUCAAGGCGAAGCCUGGGGCUUUUCCCUCGUGUACACUGGCUCCUUUACCGUUGAGGUUGAGAAGAGCCCGAAGGGACUCAUUCGUACCCUGAUCGGAAUGAACCCCGGUCAGCUCUCCUGGCCCCUCGGCCCUGGGGAGUCUCUGACAUCUCCGGAAUCCGUUUCCGUUUUCUCAGACUCUGGCAUUGGAGGCAUGUCGCGCAAAUACCACCGCGUUUUCCGUCACCACCUCAUGAAGAGCAAGUUUGUCCACCAGCCCCGCCCCAUUUUGCUUAACAGCUGGGAGGGCCUGUACUUCGACUUUGACGAGAGCGUCAUUUACAAAAUGGCCCAGGACUCUGCAAGCCUUGGCGUUGAGCUCUUUGUCCUGGACGAUGGAUGGUUCGGGGUGAAACAUCCCCGUAUCAAUGACCACGCUGGCCUUGGUGAUUGGCAGGCCAACCCAGCUCGAUUUCCCAACGGCUUGAAGGCUCUUGCAGACAAGGUCACGAAGCUCCAGACAGCAAACUCGACCAAGACGCUGCAAUUUGGACUUUGGUUCGAACCUGAGAUGAUCAACGCCAAGUCCGAGCUAUACGAGAAACACCCUGACUGGGUGCUGCACGCCGGCAAGUACCCGCGCACCGAGACCCGAAACCAAUUAGUCCUAAACGUCGCCCUUCGCGAGGUCCAGGACUUCAUCAUCGAGUCGGUAUCCAACAUUCUGCGAACCGUGCCGGUGAGCUACGUCAAGUGGGACAACAACCGCGGCAUGCACGAGAGUCCUGCCCCGGAGAACUACCACACCUACAUGCUCGGCCUAUACCGCGUGCUGAACGAGCUGACGACUCAGUUCCCCGACGUGCUGUGGGAAGGCUGUGCGGCUGGCGGUGGUCGCUUUGACCCUGGUAUCCUGCAGUACUUCCCCCAGGUGUGGACGUCGGACAACACAGAUGCGCUUGAUCGCAUCUCUAUCCAGUUUGGCACAUCUUUGGUGUAUCCUGCUUCAAGCAUGGGUGCGCACGUAUCCGUCGUACCGAACGAGGUUACCGGACGCACCACUCCAAUUCGAUUCCGAGCACACGUCUCCAUGAUGGGAGGUUCUUUCGGCCUGGAGCUCAACCCAGCCACGAUCCCUGAAUCGGACAGGAAGCAGAUCCCAGACCUCAUCGCCCUCGCAGAAAGGGUCAACCCCAUUGUUGUGCGAGGAGACAUGUGGCGUCUGAACCUGCCCGGGGAGUCCAACUUCCCCGCAGCCAUGUUCGUCUCUGAGAACGGCAGCCAGGCUGUUCUGUUUGCGUUCCAGGUCCAAGAGACGACAAGCCACAGUUAUCCCAUAUUCAGACUCCAGGGCUUGGACCCUUCUGCUUUUUACAAGGUGGAUGGCGACAAGACUUAUUCAGGAGCCACGCUUAUGAACGGCGGCAUUCAGUAUCAGUUUAAGGGCGACUAUGAUAGCAGGGUUGCGAUUCUUGAGAGAUUGUAAUCAGUUGGGUGGGAAAUUAGAGCCAUGAUAUCGGUUGAUAGAAACUUAUAGGUACUGGAGGACCAGUGACGGGAAAAACUCUCAUGGUUCCUCAUGUUGGUAGGCGUGCCAUUACAUUGGCCACGGAAACAAUGCACCAC